CAUAGUUGUUUUUCCAACAUGUAAGUUCAGUGUACAGGAGGAUUUUUUACUUAAUAUAUUGAGAGAAUGUCAAACUUUGAGCAAUCUGAAUCAGACUUUUACCAGUCUAACUAUGCCACUGAUAUUCAAGAUCAAGGUUAUAGCGAUUUAGGGGCCCAUGAAAAUCUUUAUGGAAGCCAAAAGUGCCAGGCACAGGAGUCGCCUCAACCUGGUGCUUUUGUUCCUCUAGAAAUGCUUUCGUCUUCUCAAAGUUACAUAGGCCAGAUUUUGCAGCCAACAUACAAUCCAGAGUUUUUAUCCCACUCUAGUUAUGCUGACAGUUUUGAUGAAGAACCUCCUUUGCUAGAAGAACUUGGAAUUAAUUUUGAUCACAUAUGGCAGAAAACAUUAACAGUUCUAAACCCAAUAAAACCAGCGGAUGGCAGCAUUAUGAAUGAGACAGACCUGACUGGGCCUAUGGUUUUCUGUUUGGCCCUUGGAGCUACACUGCUACUGGUACAGGGUUGGCAAUAUUGAAACUGGAAUGGGAAUAGGAAGAUGUUCCAGAAUGACACACACCCUCAGUUUUGGACCUCUGUCAAUGUUAUUGUGGGGAAGGAAAUAAUUCUUUAAAAUCUCUCCUCGUGCAACUAGAAGUCAGUACAAAAGGAAAAUGUGAACAAUCUUCAAAAUAUCUUCAUUUUCAAAACUUGCAAUACUUGUCAAUUAAUGUUGGUAGUACUUUUUUUUUCAGAUUUCCUUGCAAGCAUAAAAAAUGGGCUGUAUUUAAACUUCUUCCCUUCUUUCUUUCUCUCCCACCCCCAUCUCCUGCCUCACCCCUCUCUACCAACUAACAGCUUUUUGAUAGCAGGAAAGCUGAACCAGAAGCUACCAAAGACUCCUAGUUCAACUAUUGAUCAGAGACAUGGGGCUCCCCAUUGUUACUAAAGCAUUGCACUGGUUGUUGGCAACUGUUUAUCUGAAAGGGAGUGAAAACACAUGCAUUUUGAGGAAUGGAGUGCUUCCCAAGCAAUGGAGCGCUCUAAUUCGGGGGUGGGGGGGGACUCUAAUCUCUAUGAUAAACUGCUGAAUCCGAGGAACCUUACAGAUCCUAGGAAUAAGUGCCUUGAACAUGCAAACUUCAAUAUAAAUAGCGACUAUUGUUAUUUCCAAAUCAAUUAGAUAUACCCAUACUAGCUCGCAUCGAGCUACUGUACUAAAAGUAGAAGUGUAGCUGCAGUGUCACAGACAGCUAGCCUUCCAAAGUACGAGCCUAGCCAAGAUCUAGCCCAACUCACCACUGUGGCUACACUGCUAUUUUUAGUGUGAUAGCUCGAUCAGAAUUAGCGCAGAUACAUCUACACCAGCUGGAAAUUACACCUCUGGCUCCAGUGUAGAAUACUGUGUCUUUCUCCAUCCUAAUAGAUAUCAUACUGAUAUUGGUUAGGGCACCUUCCCUCUUCUCAAACCUCUAUUAGAGCCCUUUAAUAUUAACCUAAAAUAUAUGCAUAUUUUUAAAACUCUAAUUGCUACAUCAGAUUACUAACAACUACCACUGGAGUCAUUGCAGGUUUUUAAUAGGUUUAACUUUUUCAAUCGUUUGGGGCAAUAGUUUCUAUAGAUCAGCUGAUAGACACUGUAUUGCAGACAGAUGCAACAACAAUAAUCAACUAAUAUUUUAUAUCGUUUGUUUCAGAGUAUUUAAUUGACACAGCCCUACUUAGAAGUUUAAUCUAAGAUUAACAAAUUACUGUGACAGAGACAAAAGAAGGGAGGUUAGCAGCUAAGUGAAAAUUCCACUUCGAGCAAUGUUUGAUUUACAGAGAAUUUAUGUCUGGUGCAGUAGAAAGGAAGGGGGGGAAAAAAGGAUAUAACUGAAGAUGAUGGCCCUGAUUUUCUUCUCAGACCAUUUUUGCACCAGUGUAGCUCCACUGAGUUCAAUGGGGAUACUCCCCACGUACAUGAGAUCAGAAUCAGGACCUAUUAGUUUGGCAGAAUUUGAACUGGGAUGUGUUAAAUUUACUGCACUCAGUCUUGCAGAAGGAACAAAAUUAAAAUAAAAUUAAAAUAUUGAGCCUGGAUUCUCCACUGCCUUUCAUCCUGUGAUCUCAGACCUGUGUUAAGUGGGUAGAAAAUGCUACCACUUGUGUAAGUGAAUGUAGAAGUUUGAUUUGGUGGCAUUUUAUACCCACUCUUCACAAAUGUGAGUACGCAAGGUGCAGAGCAGUGGAAACCCAGGGCCCCUGGGUUUGAGUCUGCUGUCUGUCACCUCCAACUGUAAUGAGAUAUAGAGCUUUUACUUGUUGGUCACUGUUUCAAAUCUGGCACAGAUCAGUGGUGCCUGCAGCUUGUUGCUAUCUAAUCUAAAGACUGUAGAUUGGCCUAUUGGAAAUGAUGGUGGUGAGGUCAGUGCAAUUUCUAUUCUAGUCUAAUUCAUAUAGGUACUUAUACCAUGCUCAUCACCAUAGUAUCCGAGCACAUUCCAGUAAUGUGUUAAGCAAAAUGACUAACAUCUCUCAUAUGUUUGUUCUCUCAUCCUCUCUCCAGGGGGAGAAUUGUGUGUGCAAUAGAAUAUCUUCUUUGUGAUUUUUUUUUUACUAUCUAUACAAAUAUAUUUUAUAUAUAAUGUAUACUCAUGUUGCUGUAUGUUUGUGUUAAAGAAAGCAAGGUCAAAGAAAUGUGCCUUUCACUUGAAGUGGAAGGUGGUGUGGUUUGUGAUGGCACUUAGUUCCUUGAGGAGUUAGUUCUACAAUCUUGAGCCGGCCUCUGAGAAAGUUCUGUCUCCUGCAUAGACAAGCUUUACCCUUAUGGUAAGAAGUUCCAUUGCACCAGAGGCGCAAAGUUGAUGACCUCAGGCUACAUCCCAGAACUCUAAUUAUUUCCUAAAAAAACAGUUGUCAAAAUCUCAAUACUACCCCAACAGUCAGCAUUCAGUCCACUUGUUAGCAGCCUGAGAGGCCAAACAUUUCAUGGGGAAUGGGUACUGAGCUACUCUCUCACAUCUAGAGGUGAUUCAUCUAAAUUAGAGUUGGAAUGGCGUGAGUAAAUUUGUGCUGUGGUUGCUGCCUAUAUUGUACUUGGUUUGUGGAUAAAUUAGAAGAUAAAAGUCUCCAGAGCUGUCAGGCCGGGUACCUUUCACACGCAUUACAUUCACUAAAAAGAAAAUCUGAAAAAGAGCUGAAGAAUCACUCACUAAGUGGAGCAAAAAAAAAGAUUUGCUGAUAGUUACUAGAAAGAUUAAUGUGGCAGGGAACAUAUACCAUGGAGCAGCGAGUCAUAAUACUUUUUGCUAUACAUGCUAGGUUUGGGUUCAGGAACAAACUGUGACUUCCCCAUGGCAGCCAAGGGAAGGAAGGGAUAAAUCCACCCUGAAAUUCAACAUACGUUCCCCAAAGGUUCACAAACUUUUAUCAAGCCUGGUCAGAGUUUUGGGUUUGUAGCGGAAAGAGACUCCAAGUCUUGCCAGGUUUGGUGUUUCAUUAUGAAAGAUUUAAACUGCUGUAAUGAAAGGAUACAUGAUGUCCCCAAUGCACAAAGGAAAACAGAAGUGUUACUAUCUACUAAACAGAUUGUGGCCUCGGUAAUUUUUAAGAAAACAAUGAUAUAUAAUUACAAAAAAAUAGUACUGCAUCCCCACUAACCAAUCUAGUAUGAAAUGUCUCAAGUGAUGGGGCUCCCACCACUUUUCUUGGGAGACCCACGCAUCACAUCUCCUAGUCCAAAAGAUUUUCCUGAUAUUUAACCUAAAGUUUAAUUUCCUUAUUUUUAUCUUACGACUCCAAACACCUUCCUGAGUCUCCCUAACCAGUUCCUGUCCUUCCUUGGAGCCUGAUUAGUACAAGGAAAUGUAGAGUUGGGUCCUGUAUUUCUAUCCAUUCAAUGCAAAUUAAAAUAUAAAUUAUUAAUGAAACAUUUAUCUUGGGAUAUUUUUAUUUGAGGGGAGAAAAAAUCCCCAAAUACUGGCCUUGAUUCUGAUCACACAUAAAAUGGCAUAAAUGAAGUCAGUGUAAAACUUGUAUAAGCGGAAAGAGGAUCACACCUCAUGAUUUCAUUCUGUUUCCUCCCAGUGUUUCAUGAUUUAUGGUGCAUGUAUGCUGUUUUGUACUUACUCAUAUUUAUUUCAGGCAGGAAAAGUUCACUUUGGCUAUGUAUAUGGCAUCAGUGCUGUUGGGUGCCUAGGAAUACAUGCUUUACUGAAUCUGAUGAGCAUAGCAGGU